GCUCUAGUGUUUCCGGUAGCCUGCCGAGAGCAGCUGGGUCGAAACUCACCGCGCCCUCCUCUUCCUCAUCCUCAUCCUCCUCUCCCGGGACAUUCCGCUCACCGGGACCGGCUUCACUCGCCACGGAGUUCGGGAACUCAUUUUUCCGUCGUAUGAGAGAGACCGUGAGCGCUGACGGACGCGUUAAACCUCAGCAGAGACACAUAGCGAUGCUAGCAGGCUAGUCGCGAGAAAUCAAAACAAUGUUUAUUUACUCCCAGUUUAUUUAUACUCGUUUUAUAAAGUGAACUCGCUUUUUUAUGUGUGUUAGUGACAGUAGCACGUGUUGUUUAUAGCUUAACAGGAGAUUUUAGAGUUAGUUUGUUAUCUCUGUAUAAUAUACUGUAUAGUAUAAUAUAAGAGUCCGUGUCACAUUAGUGUGAAUUACUGACUGUCACUCAGUAGGGACAUUCAUGUGCACCUAGUGUUUUAAUAUAAGAAUGAUCAGAUGUGGAUAGUAAACAGGCUGAGGAGUUUUGUGUGUAAUCAGACUGAUCUAGGAACUUAAUGAGCUCGAUGACAAGCUGUAAAUCAGAGUUAUUGUACAGUAAAGCUCAGUCUGAGCUCGCCUUACAUUAAAGGUCCCGUCAGCUGUUUAAAAACCAGCCAUGGCUCCGAAAAAGAGACCACAGCCCAUAGUUAUAACCGGAUCCGGAGAGGCACAGACGACCUCUACAUCCAUAGAUGCUGCGUCAGAAGCGAAUCUGGAGACCCUGCAGAAGAAGCUAGAAGAGCUGGAUUUGGACGAGCAGCAGAAGAAGCGUCUGGCAGCUUUUCUCACGCAGAAAGCCAAUCUGGGCGAACUGAAAGACGACGAUUUUCAGCAUAUCUGUGAGCUGGGAGCUGGAAACGGAGGUGUGGUUAAUAAAGUGUGCCACAAAACCUCUGGCCUCGUAAUGGCCCGGAAAUUAAUUCAUCUGGAGAUCAAGCCAGCCUUCAGGCAUCAGAUCAUCAGGGAGCUGCAGGUCCUGCAUGAGUGUAACUCUCCGUACAUCGUGGGUUUCUACGGGGCGUUUUACAGCGACGGGGAGAUUAGCAUCUGUAUGGAGAACAUGGACGGAGGCUCUUUGGAUCAGGUUCUGAAAGAGGCUCGCAGAAUUCCAGAGGAGAUCUUGGGAAAAGUCAGCAUAGCCGUUUUAAGAGGACUCGCUUACCUUCGAGAAAAGCACCAGAUUAUUCACAGAGAUGUGAAACCGUCCAAUAUUCUGGUAAAUUCCCGUGGGGAGAUCAAACUGUGUGAUUUCGGCGUGAGCGGCCAGCUCAUCGACUCCAUGGCCAACUCUUUUGUAGGAACACGCUCGUACAUGUCGCCGGAGAGGUUGCAGGGCACUCAUUACUCGGUGCAGUCAGACGUGUGGAGUAUGGGUCUCUCUCUGGUGGAGCUGGCCAUCGGCCGUUAUCCCAUUCCUCCACCCGAUGCUAAGGAGCUGGAGGGCAUCUUCGGCAGGGCAGUGAUGGAUGUUAGGAAGGCAGAGACGCACAGUACGUCUGCUCGACCCAGACCCCCCGGCAGACCCGUCAGCGGUCACGGGCCCGUCAUGGCUAUAUUUGAGCUGCUGGAUUAUAUAGUCAAUGAGCCGCCUCCUAAACUCCCUCACGGCGUCUUCACUCCUGAUUUCCAGGACUUUGUGACCAAAUGUCUGAUUAAAAACCCUGCAGAUCGAGCGGACCUGAAGAUGCUGACGGUGAGAGCACUUUUCUUUCGUUUGAUUAUAUAAAAUCAAAAUGAACCC